GGGGGGGGUCCCGCCAUGGGCUGCAACAUGUGCGUGGUGCAGAAACCGGAGGAGCAGCACCGGGUGAUGCUGCAGGAGGUGGAGCUGUACAAAACCAGUCACAAACUGGGAAUCACCGUCUGCUACCGCACGGACGGCGAGGAGGACCCCGGGAUCUACGUGGGGGAGGUGAACCCCAACAGCAUCGCAGCCAAGGAUGGGAGGAUCCGGGAGGGCGACCGGAUCAUCCAGAUCAACGGGGUGGAGAUCCAGGACCGGGAGGAGGCCGUGGCCUUCCUGACCCGCGAGCAGCAAACCAACAUCUCCCUGCUGCUGGCCCGGCCCGAGAGCCAGCGGUGGAAGGACAGCGACCGCGAGGAUUUCCUGGAUGAGUUCGGAUCCGAUGAGGAGGGGGAGCUCAGGGGGGCCUGGACCCCCCCCGGGCAGCCCCCCAGCCCCGCCACUCCCGGCCGCGGGGCCGAGCCCGACAGCGGCGUGGGGCGCACGGACGAGUCCACGCGCAAUGAGGAGAGCUCGGAGCACGAUCUGCUGGGCGAGGAGGGCUGCGAGGGACCCCCGGCCCAGCCCCCCCGGCCCCCCCCGCCCCGCCGGGACCCCCAAAAUCCCCCGAAUUCACCCCAAAACGCCGCCCGGCUCCACGCAAAAAGCGGCGCUGGAGGAGCGGCCGCGCGGAGCGGCUCCGGCUGCGGGUCGGCGGGAAGAGCCGGAGGUGGAGCGGGCGGGCGGCGCGGAUCGGGGUUAGGAUCGGGGUUAGGAGCGGGAUCGGGAUUAGGAGCGGGAUUAGGAUUGGGAUCAGGAUUGGGAUCAGGAGCGGGAUCAGGAGCGGGAUCGAGCCCGGGGUUGUGCCCGGCGCUGCCGGGCUCGGUGUCGCCGCCUCCCGCCGCUCUGAGCCCCGCGGAGCUGCGGCGGUACCGAGCCCUGCGCGGAGCCGGAGCCGCGGGCCGGGCCGAGCUGGCUCGGCUGGAGGAGGAGCUGCGACAUCUGGAAUUCAAAUGUCGCCACCUCCUGAGGGCCCAACAGCUGGAGCGGCUCCGCGAGCGGGGCCGCCGGGCCUGGCGCGACCCCCGCCCGGGGGUCGAGGGUCCCUUGGCCGAUAUCGCCGAGGCUCCGGAGCGCGACAGCACCAGCGCCUACAACACGGGCGAGAGCUCCCGCAGCUCCCCGCUGCUGCUCCGGGCCGGGCUCGGAACCGCCGGUACCGCUCCCCCCGCUGCCCCCGGCACCGCCAAAGGGCCCCGGGGCAAACGGCCCGGCCGGGACCGGCUGCUGAAGGCUCGGGCCAUCAAAAUCCUGGAGGAACGAGGAGGCUCCACCGAUGACGACGCGAGGAGCGAGUUGAAAACCGGGCGCUACUGGAGCCGCGAGCAGCGCAAGCAGCACCUGGCGAGGGCUCGGGAGCAGAGGAAACGCCGGGAAUUGCUGCUCCAAGCUCGGCCUGAAGGUUCCGGGGGUCCCGGGGGUGUCGGGGGGGUGGCGGAGCCCCCCCAGCAGCAGCAGCAGCAGCACGGGCAGGGGUCGCGGCGGGGGCUGCGCAAGAGGAGCCGCCGUAUCCUGGAUAAUUGGGUGACGAUCCAGGAGAUGAUGCUGGCUCAGCACGGGGGGCGUCUGGAGCAUCCCCUGCUCUCCGUCACCACCGUGUGACCCCCAAAAUCCUCCCCAAAAUCCUCCCCAAAAUCCUCGCACCGAGGACAAACCCCCCCCUCCCCCCCUCAGCGUUGUCGCCUCUUUGUGUCCCCUUUGUCCCCUCCCCCACCCAAGCACAAAGUGAGGGGGGGUCUCCCCCUCCCCCCUUUAUCCCCUCCCCCCCCCAUUGUCGUGUCUGUGGCCGUGCUUAGUUUGGGGUUAUUUAGGGAUUUUUUUAGGGUUUUUUUACACUUUUGUCGCUUCCUCUUCUCAGCCCGGGCUUGGUUUGGGGGGUCCUAAACCAGCCCUGGGACCCCUCCCCACAAAAAAAAAACCAAACCCCCAAAUUCUGGGGUGUUCCCCUCCCCCACCUCUGUGUGUGUCCGUCGGGGGAGGGGGGGGAGGAAUUUGGGAAUUAUGGAAAAAAACAAGGAAACCUCGUUUUUACUCA